CGGCUUUUAAUUUCAAGGCGGCUGCGCGCUCGCGCGCUCAGUCUGGUUCCCGCGUGCAGCCUGACGCAGGCUGCAGCAGCUCUCAUCCGUCCGAGUCGGAACCCGUAAACGACACCGCGGCAGAAUCAUGGCCACGCCGCCAAAGAGGCUGCGCGGCUCCACCGGGUCCCCCACGCAGGACCGCAGCUUCUGCCGCCUGAAAAAGGUCUCUAUCGAGGGGAACAUCGCUGCAGGCAAGUCCACCUUCGUGCGCCUCCUGCAGAGAUCCUCAGAAGAUUGGGAGGUGAUCCCUGAACCCAUUGGAAAGUGGUGUAAUGUCCAGAAUGACAGCGACGACGUCUACCAGGACCUAAGCUCUUCACAGAAGAGUGGUGGAAAUCUACUGCAGAUGUUGUAUGAUAAACCCAGCCGAUGGUCUUACACCUUCCAGAGCUACGCAUGCCUCAGCAGGGUCCGCGCCCAACUUCAGCCUCCAUCAGCCAAGCUUGAAGAGGCAGAGAGCCCUGUUCAGUUCUACGAACGCUCUGUAUACUCAGACAGGUAUGUGUUUGCAUCCAGCCUGUAUGAGAACGGUAACCUGACCGAGACGGAAUGGAGUGUUUAUCAGGACUGGCACACCUGGCUACUAAACCAGUUUGAGGCAGACAUCGCCCUUGAUGCCAUCAUCUACCUGAGAGCCUCGCCACAGCGCUGCAUGCAGAGGCUGCUGCACCGUGGCCGUGAGGAGGAGCAAGGCCUUCCUCUGGAGUAUCUUGAGCAGCUUCACUUCAGGCACGAGUCGUGGCUCCACCAUAAGAACCUCAGGCUGGACUUUGAUUACCUUGCUGAUCUUCCGGUUCUGGUUCUGGACGUUGAGGACGACUUCCAAAACGAUGGCAUUAAACAGGAAGCUAUCAUCGACGAGGUGCGUGACUUUCUGUCCACGUUGUGACUUUUGGCCAAUUGAAGCUCGGGAUCCGAGCAGCGCUUCUUCUGAUUGGUGGACAGAUUUUUUUAAACUUUAAACUGCUUUUAAAUGUUUUUUUUACCGUGCAGUUUCUGUCAUCACUUGGCCUUUCCAGGCCUGCAGAGUCUGUAAUCACAAUGAUGUCUUUGUAGUGUAAAUAAAUGAAUUUGCAGAGC